CAAACCCAGCGUCAAGGGAACUGUCCGAUAGAAAGAACCAUGCAUCCACUAACGAGAGACGAUUGAAUAAACUGUUAUCUGUGUAUGUGUGUGUGUGUUUUUUACCACCUCCCCCCUUUUCACAGCGCUAUCCUCUCUUCAAAAGGAAAACACCGUCAUUGUUGCUUCAUUGGCCAUUUAGCCUACCUAGGCAUAAAACCUGUGGGUUUUUUUUUGUUUAUGGAACUUCGGAUUUAAAUAUUCUCACCCCUGACGUGACGCAGAUCAGCAACUUCUAGAUCUACCAUUCACGUACGCCAGACAGGGGGAGGAGAGGCGCAUUCACACAAACCCUAUUCACGGAUCGAGGACUUCACAGCGAGACAUGGUUAGGUAGUGACUGUCUCCCCCUGGUCGUCGUCACUGCUCUCUCUCUCUCUCUCUUUUCUCUUUCUCUCUCUCCCUCUCCCUCUUCUUCACGUAACGUUCGCCUCAUAUCAGCUCCAUUCAUAGACUCGAGGACCUCGCUUCACUGAUUUCUACUCGUGUGUUGCUUUUUUUUUUAUCUUCAUUUCUUGAAGAGUUACGAGAGGAAAAAGAAUACAACUAAAAUAACAGACGUAAAGUGAAGCCAGCAAUAUGCGGGCUCGAGGCCCAUGUGGUCCAGGAGCGUCGUCGCAGAGUGGGACCAGGUGCAGAGAAAUGGGACCGUUAAUGCGAGUCCCGAAACAAGGCUGCUUUAACGAAGAUGACCAUAUCUCUGAUCUAAGAGACGAAACGGACUGCUUUCCUAAUGCAGAAGAUUCUUGUACCUUGGAUAAUUUCAAAUUUUCUGUUCUUCGCUGGACACCUUUCAGAGAUGCACACCAGGAGAGUGCAGGGGCGUAUGCAAUGGGAUUACGUCACUCAGCUCGUUUAAGGUCAUCUCGUACAAACUGGGGAUGUGCCUGUUUGCGAUGCACGCCAUUACUUCUUUGUAUUCUGUUUCUUGUGCUCAACGGAUGUCAUGGAGCACACAGUGAGUUUUCUUUCCCGGAUAUAAGACAGGGCCAGUUUGCUCAAGACCUGAGUCACUUCCACAUUUCCUGGCCCAGCAGAGUCAACCAUGUAGGUGAGCACAUAAGUCAUGACUUGCAUGCCAAAAGUCCGCAGCUGCCUCGCGCUAGGCGGAGCGCCGACGGCCAGGACAGCAUGGACAUCUCGCCUGCUGCUCAUGAAGCAGACACCAGUGCUCACCACGGAGUAUUACAUUACAAAAUUCCGCUACAUAAAGACAAGGACGUUGUGGUUCAGCUCAAAAGGAGUUCUGCACUUCUGGCUCCCUCAGCCAUUCUGGAACGCAGGUCCAAGAACGUCUCUGACUCCAGCUUCAUCAGACUGAGCCAUCACAACAGCUGCCAUUUUACCGGGACAGUGACAGGAGUAGCCGAUUCCAAAGUUGCUUUGUCCGCAUGUAAUGGCUUGCGAGGUUUCCUGUUGAUUGAAGGUGAGGACUAUCUCAUAGAACCUGUCAAGGGACACAACGUCACCAAAGAUACUGCCCAUCCACAUCUAGUAUACAAGAGGUCAGCACUUCCUGACCAAUUGGACUUCGUGUCCAGGCAGAAAAGGAAAGAACCGACUUGUGGUGUCCAAGAAAAAUACGAACGAGAUAUCCGACACAGAGAAAGGUGGGAGCGGCAUAGGCGGAGCACGUCAGACAGACAGGAAGGCAGCAAGUCUCACUCUAGGAAAAAGAGAUCAAUCUCCACCGAGAAAUAUGUCGAGACCUUGGUGGUCGUGGACACUGAAAUGGUCAACUAUUACGAGAAUGAAGACAUAGAGACAUAUGUGUUGACUAUUAUGAAUAUGGUCGCUAGUUUAUUUCAUGACGCAUCCAUUGGAAAUGCCAUCAACAUUGUAGUGGUGCACUUAAUUCUCAUCAAAGAUCCAGAUGAAAACUUACAAAUCACCCACCAUGCAGACAAAACUCUUAAAAGUUUUUGCAAAUGGCAGAAAAAUAUCAACUUCAGAGAUGAUGACCAUCCCAAUCACCACGAUGUAGCCGUGUUACUUACCAGGCGAAAUAUUUGCACACGUAUGAACGAGCCUUGUAACACUCUAGGUCUGGCACAGGUGGCGGGGUUGUGCCAGCCACAUAGAACGUGUAGCAUCAAUGAAGACAUAGGCUUGUCCUUGGCGUGGACAGUGGCUCAUGAACUUGGACACAAUUUUGGUAUGAAACAUGACAAUCAAUAUACUGACUGUACUACUGACACUGAAACUCAUUAUGUCAUGGCGACACAUUUAACAUGGGACAAAACACCAUUCACUUGGUCUAACUGCAGCAGAUCAGCAAUCACCAAGUUUUUAGACCGCAACUGGGGCUAUUGUUUGGAUGACCCACCUGGUCAGCAUGAUUUUAAGUAUCCAGAGCUUCCACCUGGGACAAUGUAUGAUGCUGACCAUCAGUGCAGGCUACUUUAUGGUGAGGGCGCAGAGCGUUGCAAUGGCAUUGAAGCUUUAGAGCAAAUUUGUACCACAUUAUGGUGCCGUGUGAACAAUAAGUGCUCUACUAAACUACAGCCAGCCGCAGUAGGAACACUCUGUGGAACGGACAAGUGGUGUUUUGCUGGUCAGUGUGUGGACAUUGGAGAAAGACCUCAGGCUAUUGAUGGUCAGUGGGGAGAGUGGGCUGAGUGGACCCAAUGCUCCAGGACCUGUGGUGCCGGAGUCAGCUUUUCAGAGCGGCUUUGCAACCACCCACCACCUUCCAAUGGAGGAAAAUAUUGCACAGGAGAAAGAAAAAGAUACAGGAUAUGUAAUACAGAUAAUUGUCCUGAAAAUGCUCCAAGCUUUAGAGCUCAACAGUGCUCAGAAUUUAAUGAAAUUCCUUACAAAGGAUCAUUGUAUGAAUGGGAGCCUUUGUCUACCCCAGACACUCCAUGUCAGCUUCACUGUAAACCAAAGGAUUUAUAUUUCUCCAUUCUACUGAAAGAUAUUGUGACAGAUGGGACACCUUGCUUGACUGGAUCUAGACAUAUGUGCAUAAGUGGACGGUGUCGUCAUGUAGGUUGUGACUGGAACAUUGACUCCAGUGCUAUUGAAGACCAUUGUGGUGUUUGUUUUGGUGAUGGUUCCACAUGCAAGACUAUAAAACAGCAAUUUAAUGAAACAAAACAGUUGGGUUAUGUGGAAGCCACAGUGAUACCAGCUGGUGCAAGAAACAUUAGAGUAGAGGAAGUAGCUGAAGCUAGUAACUUCCUCGCUGUACGGAAUAAUGCAGGAGAAUAUUAUUUGAAUGGACAUUGGUUCAUUCAGUGGUCUGGUGAUUAUGAGGUUGCUGGUACAAUUAUACAUUAUAAAAGAACAGGGAACAAGGAAACAUUUUCAGCACCUGGUCCUAUUAAGGAAGCACUACAUAUAAUGCUGCUGAUGCAGACUCACAACCCUGGUGUGGAGUUUGAAUACACAGUACCUAAAGAGAAUGCCACAGAUUACAAAAAACAAUCAUUCAGCUGGGACUACGUGGGCUGGUCACAUUGUACAGUCUCUUGUGGUGGAGGUAUGCAGAGAUCACCAGUGAUUUGUAGGGAACAAGAAGCUGGGAUGGUAGAUGAGAUGUAUUGUGACCAAAGUGCCAAGCCAGAUGACCUUCUUAGAGAAUGCAAUAGCCAUCAGUGUCCAGCAAGAUGGUGGACUGGUCCUUGGCAACAUUGCUCAGUUACUUGUGGGGAAAAGGGUAUCCACCGCAGAACUGUUAUAUGUGUCAGAAGCUUAGGUGCUGAUGAACAGAUAGCAUUAGAAGACCAGGCAUGCAGUGGCCAAGAAAAGCCUGUUGAGUUGGAGCCAUGUCAUCACAAGGAACCAUGUCCUGGCUUAGGACAGUGGGUAACAGAGGAAUGGAGCGAUUGUACCAGAAACUGUGGUGGUGGAGUUCAGUUCAGGAAAGUGAUCUGUCUGGGAGGAUCUACAUGUGAUGAUGAAAAACCUGAGAUGAAACAGGCCUGCAAUGAACAAAAAUGCAUGGAAAAUCUUGUGGAAGACAUCUUGAACAUGCCUGAGGGGGGAACUGCUGACACUCUAUCUACCUCAACCAAUACUCCUCAUGAAGAGUUUAAAAACUUUAACAUUGGAGAGAGUCACUCUACUUUGGUGAAGGAGGAUGCCAAGGAGGAUAAACCAACCACAGAGGAACAUCCCCAUAAACACAGACACCACAAAGUGCACCCACAUAAUGAUAAGAAUGACAUAAAGGCCUCUCCAGGCACACAUGUUGAAUCUGAUGCAGUGAAUGGUAGCAUUACUGAGGCUGGAGACAAUGUUCCGAUCUCUGACUCACCUUCAGGAGAGCUCCAAGAGAUUAAAAAAGGCUCUAAAUAUAUCUGGCAAAUAUCAGAAUGGAGCCAGUGCUCAAAUCAUUGUGGUACAGGCAUCAAAGUCAGAGACGUUUUUUGUAUACAAAGUAUCAGUGGAGCUCAAGUAAAUGCUGAUCACUGUGAUGUGACUAGCAAACCAACAAUUACAGAGGAAUGUACACAGGCUCUUUGCACUGAGUGGACUCUAGGAAACUGGACAACUUGUUCAGUAACUUGUGGGUAUGGCACUCAGCAUAGAUCAGUGGAAUGUUUGAAUCCAGACAAGUGUGAUGUGAAUGACAAACCAGAAGAAAGUAGAGUGUGUCAGUUACACCCAUGUAGUGCUUGGGUCACAGGUGACUGGAGCCAGUGCACAAAGUCUUGUGGAGUUGGAACUCAGCUAAGGUUGGUUCAAUGUGUGAAUCUGACUUCACAGCAGCUAGCAGAAGGCUGCAAUAUGUCUACUGUACCAGAAAGCAGUCAGGAUUGUAAUAUCCAUGAUUGCCCAGCAGAUGAUAAUGCAGCUCAGGUAGUAUCAACUCAAUGUGACGUUAAUGAAAUCAGCUCCAAUGUUUGCAGGAUGCUGAAAAAAGUUGGCCUGUGCCAGAAACAAUAUGUGCAGACAAAGUGUUGCCGGACAUGUCAAGAUCAUAGUCGAGAAAACCCAGAACAGACAAAAAUGUCAAGGAGAUAGCCGCCUGUUGUUAACAGCAUUUCAUUUUAACUUUUGACAAUAGACACUGGAGAUUGUACCAAGUGAUAUUACAAAAUGUAGAGACACAGUAGAUUGUCUAAGAUAUUGAUACCAAUAAUUCCACAUGUUUCUAAUGUCUGUUUCUAUUUAUAAUAACUAAAUUAAUGAGUUGGUGUGAAAGUCAUUUGAUGUGUACUCUUUUUGUCGUUGACAUGUGGCUAACUUGGAAAGUUGUCUUUAUACUGCUCAAUCAUGUGAUUCAAAUAUUUUCUUCACAUUUAUCCUACACUUGUUUAUUGCCAUUAUGUCUUGUUUUAUGUUAAGCUGGUUACUUGAUUGUAGGUUUAUGCACCUCCAAAUGAAAUCUACAGAGAUUGUAUGUGUUUAUUAGAGAUUAUAUUCUUUGUAAUGAUAUAUUUUGGUGAUGUGCCAUUAAUUAGUUCAAUGGUACAUUCUUGAUGAUAUUUGUAAUAAUUGUCAGUUAUUUUAGUUUACUUUUUCAUGAUUGCAUAUGAAACUAAUUAAAUUAGUAAAGUCAUUUCUGUAAAAUAAUUAUGUGUAAAAUAGUUAUAUAAAUAACUAAUAUUACUGGUUUAGUGCUAUAUAUGCUUAAUAUAUAUAUAUAUUUUUGGAACAUUUGGCUUCAGUUAUUACUUAAUCAAGCUCUUUUUCUAUAUGAUUUUGUAACCAAUAUAGAAGCCUAAUAUUAUAUAUGCUAAUACUAUAGGUCAAACUUUACCUUCAAAUGAUAUUUUGUAGAUCUAUAGCAUACUAUUGCCAAAGUAAAGUUGACUUUUGGUAGUAAAAAAGAAAAACUCAAACAAAAGAAAUUGUUAUACUUAGCAGUAUAGUUUAUUAUAAUCUUUUUUAGGUUAUGCUAAUAAUUAAUGCUUAUUUAGCUUUAAGCUUACUUGAAAUGUAGGCUUAUUGUUAAUGUUAUAAACCUGAUAUUGAUGUUUUAUCCAUCCAAUAAUUGAUUUUUAUUGUUUCAAUAAUAAAAAAUAUCGCCAAUUAUCUUAUAUUUAAUCCUAAUGGUGUUAACUUUCAAAUGGUGUUAACAAUAAGGAAAAUCUAACAUAACAUUCUAUGCAUGCCACUAGCAAUAUGAGCAGUUUAUUGUUACAAGUACAGAUAGCAUUGUGACAUGUACAAGUUCACCCAUACAACUAGCAUUAUUUACUUAUAACAGAUAACUUUAGGCUAAUUUAAGGCCUUGAUUUAUGAUCCCCUGUUGUUGUUGUUUUUUUUAAAUAAUUAAUAACAAUGUAUUUAAAACUCUCUUUUUUUUUAUUUUUCAAAGUUCUUCUCUUUCAUUAAUAAGAAAAAAUAUGUUUGUUUUUUUUUCAUAUAUUUCUAAAUGUUGGCUUUUAAAAUUUUAUUUUUGGGAACUCUUAGCCACUGUACUAAAUAUGUUUGUAUAAAUCUCUUGGCUGAUUUGAAAACUGCAAUGUAAUGGAAAUGUGGUCAACAAGGAUUAAUUAUAAAUAAUUACAAAUCUAGUUCUUGUAUUUUUUUAUAUUGUAAAUCUAAAGCUAGUUAUUUUUUGUUUUGUUUUAUUGUAUAUUUUCUUUUUUAACUUAAUACCCAGAUUCUUGGUCUUAUGACAAAUAUAAAAGAAAGAGACAAUCUUAAAUUUGUAUAUUUCACACAUAUUAUUUUUCAAAAUGCAUAAUAUAUAUAUUUUUAAAAUGUAUAACAGUUUUUAGCUGCUAUAAUUUUAUAGUUUUCUGGCUAUAGUAAAAAAAGAAUUUAAAAAAAAAUAAAGUAACUUUAGCAUAAUUGUACACAAGUCAUUUCAUCUUCUUUGAACAAUGAAAGUUUCAUAUUAAAAUAAAUUUAGUUUGGAGACAAAGUCAAAUGAACCUGAAAUAUGAAAAGAAUUUAUUUGGUUAAAACAAAAUAUACACCUUGAAUUGCAAAAGAUUGCUUUGGUUUGUAUAAGGGAUAAAAUUUUUAUUUUAAGUAGGCUAUUUAAAUAGUUAUACAAUGCCAGUUUGUUGAGAAAAUUAAAGAUGGUUAUAGGUUAAAACCUCACACACACAUAUACACACACAAACAACUCUUUAAAGGACUACUUUUAUUGUUUUACAACUUUAUUCAGAAAAUAAUUGUAUACAAUGUAUUAUGUUUUAGCGUCCAGUCAUAUAAGUCAUGUUGAUGUUGCAAAAAAAGAAAAAAGAAGACAUUACUUUUUUUUCAUAUGCUAUAUGAUUUUUAGUUGAUAUGAUGUACAAUGUAGAUUAUAUGUAAAAUUUUAAAUAAAUAGUUGCCUGUUGUAAAUAAAAAGGUUUACUAAUUAAUUUCUAAAAAUGACUAAAACAUAAAUUGAAUUUUUGUUUUUUUGGUUUUACAUUAAAUAUUUUAUGUCAUUCACUUUUAAUUUGUACUAUAAAUAUUAAAGAUGAAAAAAACACACACACAAAUAAAUCUAUUCAUGCACAUGUCUGA